AUGCCUCAUGUUCGUAGUCCUGUCCGACCAAUGGGAAAUCGACCGUUAGUACACAAUAUACAAUUUCAAAAUGCACAAUUUCAAAAUGGACAAUUUCAAAAUGGACAAUUUCAACACCGUAUACCAACACCUCGUCUCACACCUCCUCGUAUUCUAACUCCUAAUCAAGUACUUCCACCUAUGAGAAAUCGACUUCCACAAUUUUUACCUGUUUUACAACCUCCAAUGUUUCCUAGAGAAAUAUUUCCUCGAGAAUACGAUUUGUAUGAAGAUGAACAAUAUCCACCUGAAUUCGAAAUGUAUCAAACAGUACCAUUGAUGGAUCAACACAGACCAGCAUCACGACGUUUGUCAACUCACAAUCGACCAGGAUCAUCUUUACGUAGAUAUGCGAGACCAUCUUUUUCAAGACAUGGUCGACAUACUGGACGUACAACUCCAAUAGAUGAAUAUGAUUAUGAUUAUUCUACAUGA